AUGUUCUUACACUGCGGACUUCUCCUGAUCUUCAGCGCAACUCGUAUUUCCGCCGGAUGGCUUCCGGUUCGGAUUGCAGGAGGAUACUCCGUGAACAUAUCCUCGGUUCCUUGGCAAGCUUCUGUGCAAAUAGAUGGUAAACAGAUAUGUGGUGGAUUCAUACACAGUGAAGACACAAUUAUAACGGCUGCCCACUGCCUGAGGGGCACACCUACUUCUUCUGUUUUCGUGAGAGUGGGCACGGCGGACUUAGAUAAAGGUGGGCAAGUGGUGGCUGUAUCAAAAAUCAUAUGUCAUGAGGAUUUUAAUGAGACCACAGUAGCCAAUGAUAUUGCAGUUCUUCAUUUGAACUCUAGCCUCCUUAUGGGAGAAGAUGUCCGGGCCAUUCCACUGGCGGACGAGCCACCCCGACCCGGAGCUCGUGCUCUGGUUAGUGGAUGGGGACUCGUGGGCUUGAAUUUAUUAAAGUCCAAGGUUCUUUUGGCUGCUGAUCUACAAAUUGUGGAUCAUGAGCAUUGUAAUAAAGACUACCAUGGAAUGAUUAAAAAUGUCAUGAUUUGUGCCUCUACUCCCGGAAAGAAUGCCUGUAGUUAUGAUUCCGGCGGUCCUCUGGUUUCCGGUGGAAAACUUGUGGGCAUUGUAUCGUUCGGCAUCUCAUGUGCAUCCAAAGGAUAUCCCAACCUUCCAGAUGUCUACGCCAAUGUGGCUGAGCUAAGGCCAUGGAUUCUGAAAGCAGCUGAAAGAGUUUAAAAAUAAAGUUAUAUGAAUAAAGUAACAAAACACACAUGCAUAUACAUAU